AUGACCUCUUCUACCACCCGCAAGCAGAAGAAGCCCCAGCAGUCCAACCGCAAGGUGCUGCUGGCCGACACCGUCGGACAGACGCUGUACGAGCGUCUCCUACAAGCCCGACUCGACUGUCCCAUCGCCCACUGGGCGCCUGUGCACCAUCCUCUGGCUCCUCAGCCCUCAUCCACCAUCAACUGCAACCUCAGCAUCAACAGCACCAGCACCAGCACCCUCACCACCUCCCCAUCAGCCUCUACCUCCGACAUCAAAAGCAUCCCCUCCAGCCGCACCAGCCAUGACUCGCUCCACAAACCCUCAUCAUCAUCCUCAUCACUCCCACCCCUCCCUUCCAACCGCAUCAUCACUCUCGGCGGACCCUGCACCAACCUCAACACCCUCACCACCAUCGCCCACUUAGCCGCCAAAUACAGCCAGGUCUCGCACAUGUCCCUGCUCGACCCCAGCUACACCGUCUUCCUCAACACCACACACACCGCCGCGCUCUGCUUCAAAGUCGUACACCAAACAGCCAUAGUCGCCGGCGACCCCAUCAGCUCGGAAGAAAACAUCCCAUCUCUCCUCUCCGAAUUCAAAACCUAUCGCAAAUCACACCUCCUCGGCAUGGCCUUCCUCGGCGCCAGCCCACGUCUCACACACUACGCUCAAACCCAAAGCCAAACCCAGACCACUACGAAAAACAACUGGACAAUGCUCCACUUCGGGACCUCACGCGUCCUCAACCCCACCACCAACGCCCUCCUCAACGAAUCAACCGGAAAGCGUCUCAUUUUACAAAACAAACAACUCCUCAACCCGAAUAAAGGCGGUAUAACCCUGGACAUAUACAUUCCCGGCAGCAAUCCCACAUUAGAAAAAGACCUCCAGGAAAUAUACACAACAUGGCGCACUACCCGCAACACCUCAUCUACCCCCCAAGCCUUUAUAACAGAAUACACCUCCCCCUUCUCAUCGACUCUCCUCCCCUCCCUCAUGACCUACAUCUACGCCAAGGAUAAGAACGGCGUGCCGCUAGCUUUCGCAGCCCUGCGCUUCUGCGGCGCUAACAACGGAUACCAUAUCGAUCCGUGCGUGGCGCUACCGACGGCUCCCAAGGGACUGACAGACCUGUUGAUGUUCGCUGCGAUGGCGCUGUGUCGGCAUGCCGGGGUGGGGUAUUUGAGUGUGGGCUUUGAGCCAUUAGAGGAGUUGGGCGAGGUCAAGGGGCUGAGGGGCCCGUUAGAGCAUUUGGCGAGAGGGGCAUAUCGGUUUGCGUUUAAGCGGUUGCCGUCGAUCCAGGGGAAGAAAGCGUAUUAUGAUAAGUGGAGGACGGAGGAGGGGUUGGAGGAGAAGUUGUUUUUGGUGUUGACGGGGGCCGGGGGUGGACUGGGGGUCGUGGCGGUGACGCAUGUUGCGAAUAUCAACAACCCGGGUCUGGACAGUGGCAGACAUGAUGCUGGCGACGAGCUCCUAAUUUAUUCUAAUAUAGAGAAGGACGUAGAAAUUCUUCUUCCAUGGGUCUAUGACCAAGCCAACAUUGCCCGGGGGACUCACUUGUUCGACUGGCCCGACGAGGAUCAUGAAUUUCGCUUCCUGUUCGAGCAGUUUUUCGCUUACCAGACUGCUCUUACCCCCAAAUCAUCUUGUUCCAUUGGCCCUAUAACAUCCAAAGGGGAGAUUACGCUGCCCCGGAUGAACUGGAAGGUGGCGGGGCGAGAGUCCCAUCGCUAUUUCGUUUCCUCACAGGGCUUCAUACUACGGAUUUUGAUGCAGAUGGUCCAUAGGAAGCUCAAAAGAGUCAUGAAACCCGAACAGACGCAGGGUCUGGAGAUUCGGUCUCCUAAUUUGAUAUCAUCAUCCAAGUAUGUAAUAGGGCGUCAAAUGUAUGUCAGCAGGCCGGUGGGUCAGGUGACAGUUGGUCCCGGUGACGAUUCACUGCCGAUUAUCUCUUAUACCGGGUGGUUCGAGGGACAGACCUGGGAGGAGUUCGUUGGGGAAGUUCUCAGUGUCAUGCUUGGCCAGCUGGCAAAAACUUUUACCAUUCACAAGCAUGAUCAGGGGCUGCAGGAUCAGGAGAUCUUCGUGAUUGGCUUUUAUGGCCCUCAUAUUUACAUCGCCCGUGGGCAUUUUCCUACUGAUGAAAUCAGCAGGGUGCAUUCGAAAGGAUUAUCGGGCAACGAAUCCUUCGAACUGGAAUUCACGAGAGGGUAUAAUCCUUGCCAGAAGGAUGAUUGGCAAGAGGCUAUGCGGGCGCUGACAAGGCUGUUUCUAUACCUCCUGAGUGGAACUUAA